UAUUAAAGGCUCAAAUAGCAGAGUCAGCAGUUCAAUACAGGCGCAAUCUAUUUUAUUUACCACUCGCAUAGCCUUCGAACGAAACCCUAAUCCUUAUUUUUCUACCUCAAACCUUCUUCCUUGAACCCCGACCGAGUCUCUACCGAUCGACAAGUUUCUGCUUUUGAAUAAUUUCCUCGACAAAUUAGCACCUUAAAUUAGUGAUAUGGGUUCGAAAUCGAAGAGCGAGAACCCUCACUCUGGCGAUGGUGCUAGCCCUGGGAAGAUUUUUAUAGGAGGAUUGGCUAAAGAUACGACAUAUGCAACUUUUAACAAGCAUUUUGGGAAAUAUGGCGAGAUAACUGAUUCUGUGAUAAUGAAAGAUCGAUACACUGGUCAGCCUAGGGGUUUUGGUUUUAUUACCUAUGCCGAUCCUUCAGUUGUUGACCAAGUUAUAGAAGAUACCCAUAUCAUCAAUGGGAAGCAGGUUGAGAUAAAGAGGACAAUUCCUAAAGGUUCAGGUCAAUCAAAGGAUUUUAAAACUAAGAAGAUAUUUGUUGGUGGAAUCCCAUCAUCUGUCACAGAAGAUGAGUUCAAGAAUUUCUUUUCUAAAUAUGGGAAAGUGGUGGAGCACCAGAUAAUUCGUGAUCAUGAAACAAACCGAUCUCGAGGAUUUGGAUUUAUAAUUUUUGAUAGUGAAGAAGUUGUAGAUGAAAUGUUAUCCAAGGGAAAUAUGAUUGAUAUGGCUGGUACUCAGGUGGAGAUCAAGAAAGCUGAACCAAAGAAAGCCUCAAACCCACCACCUGCUCCUGCAUACGGUAGCAACUCUAGGAGUCGUUCUUAUAAUGACGGCUUUGGUGGAUUUGGAGGUUCUUAUGGGGGAUUUGAUGGAGGUUUUGCUCCUGGUCCCUAUAGGAAUCCCGGGGGUCUGGGUGGUAGACUGGGUGGGUAUGGGUAUGGUAGUAGUGGUGGGGAUUUUGGUGGUAGCUAUGGGAGUUUUGGAGGUAGUAGCUUAGGAGGUUACCGAGGUGAAUCUGCCCUUGGUUAUUCUGGUCGCUUUGGACCUUAUGGUGGCGGGUUUGGUGGAAGUUAUGGUGGUAGUGGUUUAGGCAGUUAUGGUCGGGGAGGCGAGGGAUAUGGAAGUUAUGGAGGUGCAGGCUAUGGCGGGAGUUACGAAUCUGGUCCAGGUGCUAGUUAUGGAGGAGCAGGUGGUCUGUAUGGAAGGGGAGGCUAUAGUGGCAGUAGUCGAUAUCAUCCUUAUGCAAGAUAGAAUCAAGGCAUUUUGAUGCAGUUCCUUAAGCUUUGCCUAGAAGUUCCAAACAGGGUCAUCUAGUUUAAAGCCUCAUGAUAUUGAUAGGCACUUUCCCACAUGAACUAGAAGUCUCCUAUCACUGCAAUUGAGGAAGCUUUUAAGGAUCAGAAGCUCUACUUUAUUAGAUUAUUUCAUCUAUGUAUGUUUUAGACAGACUGCUUAGUUUUUGCUUAAACUUAGUUCAUGCUGGCUCUUGCUUUACUUUUUCUAGUUAUUUUUAAUUUAGCGAUGUGUUGUAGAAUAUAGUAUCUUGAUUUGGAGCUUGUUGCUAUUCUCUUAGUUUGAUUUAGAUAGACAUCUUAAUAAUUUAUACCUGUUUGUUCUAUGUAUCCAGCAUAGCAGUUGGGUGUCUUAUGGCGAUAUUUAUUCUUAUUUAUUUUGAGCUAGAUGCAUUAAAUCCAGUAGGCUAAUAUUUAGAUGAGUCGGACUGUUAGCUUUGUCUAACCCCCUAAGAGAGAAAGAAAGAACUGGCUGCAAAUUAUAUCGACAAACUUCAUUUACGCCAAGUAUAGUAUGAAUCACCUUGAUGCUAACUAGGUAAACCUUUUAUAGCGUUUGAACUAUGUUUGCCUGGCGGAGAUGAGUGGUGGAUGGUAAUAGGGGUUUUUUAACUUAUUCUGGCUCUGAUCUUGCUUGUGUUUGAAUAUUUUUCCAUGUAUUUGAAUCAGCCCUAUUCAUAUUUUGCUUGGAGAAAAGGUAUAGGUUUCUUUUAAUUUUUUUUUUCCUUCACAUAUUAUCGGGUUCUCUUUUCUUUACUUUUUUUUUUUCUUUGUAUAGCCAUAGUUUCUAUUGGUCAAUAGACAUGAUGAUUAAACAUCUGUAAUUGUUGCUAUUGUUGAUUCCUUGGUUUGUUGUACUCGGGUGAUCAUUUGACAUGUGGAUAUGGGGAGGGCUAUCCCCGUUGUGUAGCCCAAUAGUGAAUGAAAAGAACUGACAUGCUAUUGAGGCUCUGCUAAUGCUUUUUACUAUUAUGGUA